CGGACUGACAACACAUGGGGACCCCCGGGCAAUAGGGGAUCAUGGGGCCCCUGUGUCCUUGCCCAAACUCAAAAAAGCCUAUGAAAAAGGUACCAGGGGCAUCUCAUGGGCCCCCUACUGACCCCGGGCCCUCGGGCAGUGCCCGAGUUUCCAAAUGUCAGUCCGCCCCUGAUCCUGAGGCUGCUGCUUGCAAUGAACCACAAAUGAAUGUGUAUCAAUAUGAAAAAUUAAAUUUGCUGCGCUGCCAUGCUAUUAUUGUAAAAAAAAUAUGAACCUGGUGCACGGCGUUGCGAACACCUGUGUG